CUUUGUCAUAUCCUUGCAUGAGUAGCUCUCUGAGUGUUUCCGAACCUCUCCCUCCUUUACGUGUGUGUGUGUUUGUGUGUGUGUGUGUGUGUGUCGUGAAGGUGGGGCAGAGAAGGUAUUAGCUGUACGCUGCAGACAUCAUUAGGAGGGGUGGUGGUGGGGGGAGACGCUCUCCACCGUCAGCAGCGCAACACCGGAGCCGAGCGGAGCGGAGCAGAGCCGGGGAGCCCUGGCAACAAGGAGACACACACAACUCAGCAGCCCGCGUCACCCCUCACAACAGGCGGAUGUGAACUCUCAUCUGAGACGUUUCCCUUCUGUUGCUGAAAAGAUCCAGAUUUCCCAUCAGGAACAGCAGCUGGCUCCGCCUCCUCCACGCCCCCACAGAGAACAGCUCCUCUGACUCCUCUGCUCAGGUAGUGCCAAGACCCUCGGUCUACAUACUGCAGUCUGGGAUAGCGUUGAGCUCCUCCAUGGCCUGUACCACCUGCUGACAAACCAGGGUGUCUGGAGCAUUUUACUUGAAUGAGGUUUGUGCUGUGUGCGGCCAGGCUUUCCGUCGCAGGGAAAUGAUUCCGCAUGAAGCACAGCGCACUCGGCCCCCCAUCAUCCUCUGCAACAGCAGCAGGUGUGACGACGUGACUCUCUCCCUCACCACACUUGGCUCACCUCUCAGCCGCUAAAACAUUGCUGAAUCGACUCCACUUCCUCCGACCCUUCCAUAUCUUCAUCUUUAAACGCUGACUUAAAAAAGUAAAUUAAAGUACAGACAAUCAGCCGUUUUGGAUUAAGAAGGAAGAAGACAUAUAACAAGCAUUAAAGCUGAUGGCGAAAGGAAAGUGAAAAAGUCGGAGUUAAAAGACAAAAGAAAAGGUUUUGGUUGAAAUUUAAAGGAAGUGCAGUUAAAAGACGAGAGGGGAGAUCAGCAUGAAGUCGAACCAGGAGCGCAGUAAUGAAUGCCUGCCCCCCAAAAAGAGGGGCACGUCCAGCACGUUACCGUGUGAAAGUCGCUCUCCUACAAUAUCAGCUGUGGGUGACAGCCAGCGUGUGGACAUCACGACCUGUCCUAGGGUGGCCGGUGGGAAAGAGAGCAGCACGGGUCCACACCUUAGCUCCAGUCAGUCUGACGGACCCCUUUAUAAAUCCCCCUCCUCUUUACCGGACUCUUCCUCACUGAAGCUAGUGUCAGCACUUCCUACAGUGUACACACCCCCCCUAUCACAGUCCACAGUGGGAGGAACUGUCCAUUACACGCAGCUGCCUCCCAAUAUGCAGUUUAUAACUUCAACCUAUACACCUCCAUACGCAGGUUAUAUUUCCCCUCAGCUACUACCACCUCCUCCUCCACCUCCCCCGCUCUCCUCCUCCUCGUCCUCAGCCACACACAGACCUUCGUACRUGGAGACGGCGUCCGCCUCCAAACGCCAUCAGCAGCGAGCGAGCACGGGCCGCACCUCCAUGCCUCCUCCAUCCACGGACCCCGUCCCUCACCACGUCCAGAUGUCGACGUCGCCGCGRACCGUGCCUUCGCCGCACCACCAAGGAGGCGCUCACCUUCCGUCCCAGGCCGCGCAUCCCCACUACACUUUGGGAGCGGGCUCAUCCCAGCUCGUGGUAAAAUACUCAGACGGACCCACCAGGAAAGAGGAAGCCGGGUCCAGACACAGGGAGCUGCUCAACGGGGAGCUGGAGCGAGUCCGACGGAUUGGACCGCCAUCGGAGUCCAGUCUCUCAAAGUCAGGGAGUAAAUCCAGGGAGGCCACGUCCUCUUUGUCUUCCUAUGAGGCCCGCCAGCUCGUUCUACCAUCAGACUACUCUGCCCCGGAUCACUUAGGCCUGAGAACCUCUGUCAUGUUGAUGCCUAAUAGCCAUGGAGACCACCACUUGGUGCCACCCAGAGCCAGCCCUGAAAAGCUGACAGCUUCUGCCCCCACACACCUGGAAAAAGGUGGCAUCGGCAUGGGCAAGCCUGUCAGUCGCACAGCCUCCUCAUCCAACACCACCUGUUCUUUCACGUUUCCACCUCCGCAGAGUGCAGACAGUCUGAAAGCAGCUGUCGGCACAAUGUCACCCCAGACUGUGAUCCAGACCACCCACAAUGCUACAGAGCCACUGUCAAUGGGACUCCCCWCUACCACGAUCUACCCACAGCCUCCUAUUAUUGGCUACAUAGCGGGGGCCGGAGGGAGCAGCUACCACACCAGCCUACAUCAACACUUACUCAUUCCAGGCACCCAGCCGGUCAUCAUCCCUGUCAGUGGAGGUGGAGUCCCCACACUGGAACCGGUAACCUCCCACAUGACGUCCUCUACCCAAGCCUCGUCUUUUCCUGCUACACUCCCGCACACGUACAUCGCCGCCGCCCAUAAAGGAGAAGCUCUGGACGCCCAAAGCAGUUCGAUCCACGUGGCUCCGUCAGGUGCGGUGGUCCAAGCUCAGAUUCACCUCCCCAUCAUUCCCACCUCGCCCGGGCUGGUCGCGGCCUCCACUCCCCCCGCCCCUUCCACUCCUUCUCUCCCGCCGUACUUYGUCAAGGGCUCCAUCAUCCAGCUGGCCGACGGGGAGCUGAAACGCGUGGAGGACCUGAAGACGGACGACUUCAUCCAGAGCGCGGAGAUCAGCAGCGACCUGAAAAUCGAUUCGUCCACGGUGGUGCGGAUCGAAGGGAGCCACGUCUCGCCUAACUCUGCGGUCGUUCAGUUCGCCGUUGGGGAGCAUCGCACGCAGGUUAGUGUGGAGGUCUUGCUGGAGUACCCCUUCUUCGUCUUUGGCCAAGGAUGGUCUUCGUGCUGCCCCGACCGGACCACCCAGCUUCUGGAGCUGCCUUGCACCAAGCUUUCUGUGGGAGAUGUUUGUAUUUCACUCACUCUAAAGAACCUGAAGAACGGAUCUCUGAAGAAGACUCAGCCUUCGGAGCCAAGUGCCCACACUUCUGUCCCACCCUCGAGCCACGAGCACCUCAAACCCCCCAGAGCUGUCUCCGACGCCCCCCAGAGCUGCAGUGGAGGGAACUCUAGGCACAGAGAGAGGGAGAACGGGAUCRGCCAGCGAGGGAGCGGUGAAAGUGGGAUCGGGAGCGGCGAGGGUUCCAGCGUGGAAAACGGAGAUGUCAUGUUUGGAGAAAGGGGAUCUGUUUCCAAAGGUCAGGUGGGCAGCAGCACAGAAGCCGGCUCCAGUAGGCCAACGGGACGCAGGAAGAGGAGAUGGUCUGCCCCCGAGGGUCGAAAAAUAGAAAAAUCUGAGGAGGAGCCACCUUUGACCUUGCCUAAACCUUCCUUCAUCCCUCACGAGGUGAAAGUCAGCAUUGAGGGAAGGUCGAAUAUUGGCAAGUAAAUGUUAGGACUGUUAAAAAGCUUUGGGAUUUWAAAAAAACAUCAAAGGAGUCUAAAGAAAAAAAGGAAAGCCCACAUUAAUGUUUCAUUUGUCUUUUCUGUUAGUUUUUUUUUCUUUCUUUUUUUUCUAUCUUGAAUACUGUACUGUAGAGGUAACCUCACCUUACAGCGCUAUCACCUUACAUUAUAUCACAGAAGCAAACUGGUGCCGUUUUGGUGAUUUUUGUGCUGAAUUUAUUGGAGGCUCUGUGGCACACUGACGCAAUGCUUGAGGGCUCUUGCUCAGCCAUCUCCACUUUUACACAUUUCUCCAAAUUCAGGGGCUGCGUCCUCCGAAGGACUCGGCGUAUCGGUCUAACUGGUCUACGUGCGCCAGGUGCUUUGUUGACAGCGAAGACCGAAAGAAAGGGACUGUGGCUUUGGACGGUCUAGCCUCGACGCAGCUCCUGUUUUUGGACUCAGCUAACGUGUAGCUUUUGUAGCACCCUUAGCUUCCUGACAGUGAUUUCAUUCCUUUGGACAAAAAUACUUCCCUCCCAGAAAAAAAAAACUCUGCCCCACCAAGCGGCACCACUUCGUCUGACCCUGAGAAGGAAGAAUUUUGUUUGGAAUCAAAUCACGAUUGGGAACUGUAAGCCUGUCACGUGAUUUUCAGCAUCACGACAGCCUCAACAGGAAGUGAUCAGGUAGCGCCAGAGUGCCACACAGCAGAGAGGGAACAACGCUCACUCUGCUCAGAUUAACGGCAGCGGAGUCUUUUCUUUCAAUUGUAGCAUUUUAGUUUUACUCGUCUUUAAACCGCUCAUAUUCUGUCUCACCAGGUAGUUGCUUUAAAUUAUUGUCAAAAACCUAAAUCAGGGGUCAUUUAUUAGUCCUUUGGUUGAGCCCAGGUGGGACAUWGUUAGUGUGUAAAUGUGAUGACUAAUAUACGUGCAAAACACACUGGGUUGGUGAGCGAGGGAGGAAGACAGGAUUGCAGACAAUUCUGAUUGUAUUUAAUGAAUUACUUUAUUAUUUUUUUAUAUAUUCAUAAAAUAGCUGUUGAGAGGAACAGAGAGGUUCUGCACGUCAGCUCUGAGAGGGUCAGGAUGUUUCAAAUCACUUUGUAACACACCUGUCGCAUUAACAUACUGCCAACAGAUUUAAAUUGUCUCUUUAUUUACACUGUACUGUAUGUUUUUUUUAUUAAUAUUUGGACUAUGAUAGAAAAUAGCAGCAGCACUUUGGAAAGCUUUUCGGAGGAAGGUGACAGAGUCGUUCAGUAGAGCAGACGUGCCAUGGAAUCAGAAAGCAGUGGAYGAAUGUGACGACGAUCUUAGUCGAGGCAAAAUGUUGGAUUUAAAAAUGAUUUUAUUUUAUUUUUUUAAGCUCUGAAAAGGAUAAAGUCAAGUAUUGGAAUGUGUUUUGACAGUUUGGUCUCAUGAGCAGAGAAAAAAAGGCUUUUUAACAUCCCAGGAAUGUUCUAUACUAAAGUGAGCGCUCAGAAACUCUCACCGCAUCAUUUUGAAAGUUGUAACGUGUGCGUGAAUGUGUCCAUAAACCCACACAUGCUUCAAAAUUGCAGACAAAACAGUACAGAUCAUCCCUGAAAUCUACAAUACGUACUGUAUUUUUAACACUCGAAGAGUUUCUGCAGAUGCAAACGUUUCGGUGCAUGAGGUCCCUCCUGCAGACGCUAGAGGACUGGUGGUGGAUUGGUGCACACUGCUAACAGGACAAACUGAUUUGUGGUGCGUUUAUGUAUGAGUGGAAGUUAAAGAGUGUAUGCACAUUGUGUAUAGGCAACAAAGAUAUAUAUAUAUAUAUAUAAAGAUAAAGGCAAUGUCCAGUGUUUCUACUUCGAUUCUUUGAAGAAUCUUGCGAUUUGCACAUCAGGAGGAAGGAGUUGGUUAURGAGACGUGACGUUUUGAGGAAACUGUCCUGAGACAAGCCCUAAACCACACGACACACUGGAGGAAACCAGGGUUGUUUUUUCACCUAACCACAUUGACAGCAAAAUGUUUUUUUUCAACAGCUCAGAUGACAAAUUACAAUAAAUUAUUCAAGCAUCGAUACAGAGCAGAAUACAUGUGCCUGCCUACUGAAUUCAAUUAUUUUAGGUGUCACCCAGUUAGAUUCUCCUUGCAGUUUCCAGUCUGGGUUGGUCAGGUGUGYGUGUGAUGAGGUGUUUUGUUUUAAUAGUAGCUUAGACAGCCAAAUGUCUGGAUCACUGAGAUGUACCUUAACGGAUGUGUUUGCCCGGUGUUGGAUAGUUGAAACGUUAAAGCAGCGGUGUUAAAGGUUAAACAUUGUUACAGACUUGUUCCGGCAGAUUGAAAUCUCUGAAAAGGGACGGUUAAGAUCUUCUGAAGCAGGACUCUGUGGAGGUUGAAGUUGUUUUAAGAUGACAGCAGUCUGUUGAGAAUUAAGCCCAUUAUUUCUCACAAUUUUAGGCACUUUCACAAAACACUUCAAGCCAAGACUCGUUCUGUUUCAUUGUGAUUUCUGGAAGAACGAAAGCAGAACGUCAGCCUCUCAGUGUUGCGCCUAUAAGGUAGCAACGGAGCCGUAACAUUUGACUUGAGAGAAGCUAAAAAUAUCUUCAAACUCAAGGAUAUAGUGCUGCCACCUAGUGGCGAGCUUUAAAAACCUACACAACAAUAAGCAGAUUCAUUAAGAGAGAAAACUGACAAAACUUUACAUUUAGAUAAAAGUUUAGUCAACCUCGAAGAAAAAAAAWUUGUGUUUUUAAAACUCCAUCAUCCACACUGCUGAGUUCUGCUCCAUGUUUCCUUUUGUUUCACGAUCCUUGCUUCAUCUCUGAAAUCUUUUGUCUAAAUGGGACGCGGCCAACACAAGUGUUUUGUGGAAGUGCCUGAUGACGGUAGUUAAAAGUUUCAGUUUGAUUAACACGCUGCUGGCCCCAAGAGCUUCUGAAGAUGAUGUCUUCCUGCAGGGAUUUAUGUUGUCCGCCCUACAGAUAAUAAAAACACAACUAACACAAAGGGGUUCAACGUUUCCGGUUGUGGGAGUUUGAUAAGUUGACGGCAGGAUGGGUGGACGUGUGUUCAGAUGGARGAGAAAUCAAUGGAUUGUUGGUUGAAUGAGACCCCAAACAAGAUUUAAAAAGACUUUAUUUUUUAUAAUAAAACAGGGUUUUCAGAUUUAAUUUUCCCUCCUUUCCUAGUCACUGUUAUCAUGACUAGUAAUAGCAGUAUGUUUGCAUGUUUUGCCAUUUGUGUGUGUGUGUGUGUGUGUUAAAUGAUUCUGUCUGUUUUCUCCCUUACAACGAAAUGAGCAAUGAAAUAGUAGGAAUACAUUAAAACAAACCUCUUAGCCACUCAAACCAGUCAAAUCAGGUAAAAAAAMMMMAAAACGAAGCCAAAGCCAAAUGAUUCUGUUGCUUUGGUUAGUUUAAAAAAGCAAUAGUACAGCAAUGUUCAGGCACUCUCAUUGUAUAAGAAUAAAGCAUUCUCUGCAAUAAACAUUUAAUAAUAAUAGUAAUAACAAUUCUCCAGCACUACAACCAAAACAGUUAUGCCUAAAGAGAAAAUAAAAGUGUGUAUAGCAGAUAAUAUUUUCAGAAGCUAAUAUAUCUGAAUGUGAUUUCUUUAGCUGAAACGUUUCCCCUGUAUCGCCCAUUUUAGGUUCCAGAAAUUGCAGUUGCAGCGCUAGUUGCUAGUUUUCAGGGAAGACUUUUUUUAUAUAUGCAGUAACUGAAUCAAACCCCCGAAACCUCCUCUGUCUCUGGUGGUCGGUCAGAAACAGCUGAACUUUACCAGCAGCAUCUGACUCCGCCCCCAGCUCUGCCUCGUUGCCACGACUACGUAGUGACCUCAUUAACUUUGUUUCAGGUACCCAAUCAUAGCCAGCCAGCCUCAACAAGCACCUCCCCCCUUGAGGCGAAGCAAUCGUAUUAUCCCCACCCCCUAACAACCGUUAGCUACCUUUUCAGCGCGAACAGGCCUGGACUUCCUGUUCCUGUCAUGAUGUUGUCUUUUAACUUAAAGGAGACAUAUCGUGCUUUUAAAUCCUUUUUUUACAUUAAAUCGGUCAGUUUUGGGUCUUUAUUAAGUGUCUAUAAAAAAAUGUCAGACUUGUCCAUCCAGCCUUAAAUGUUGGAGUCUGACUCAGAGAYGAUGAAUUUGUAGUUGGUAAGUCCGGACCUGAUUUCCUUACUUGGCAGUUCCGUUGCAAAUUCUGUGACGUAUUCGUUCAGAAAGUGUCAUAAAAAAUAGCGAAAACUGAAAGAGUUGACCCAGCCACAACAAAGUCCACAACAAAAUGCAUUUAAUGGYUAAAAAAGUGGAUUUUGCWUGAUAUGUCCCCCUUAUUAAUGAUAAGCAGACGUGACCAUGCAGUUUAAUUAUCCAUGGAUAAACGCAUGCCUGCUUCAAAUCAGCCUAACAUGUAGGAAAACAGAAAGUUUAUUUUUAUUUCUAACUCAAGUKUACCCCACUUUUAUCCCCGUGAAAUAUGUCAUAAUCUGCAAUACUUACAUUUUGUUCCCUCCCUUUUAACCGUGCCAAGUGUGUGCAGUCAGACUCCCAGGAUCUCAUCCUCAUUAGAAGCUUUUGUAUUUUGAUGUCUGUUGCUGUGCAGCAUCUUUAAGAUGAUAGUCAGGAUGUUUUUACAAAGAAACAAAACCAACAACAAUUUCCCUGUAAUCCACCCCCCCCCCCCCUUCUGCCCGUGUGGCCUUCCUCAGUGUGUGUGUGUCUGCAUGUGUGUAGUGUGUUCAAACACGUAUGGGUGCGUUUAGUAUAAUCUCUAAUUGUCUGUGCGAUCGUAAAGCCUGACCCUCGAUGGUUCACGGUGAGAACCCACAGGAAAAAGAAACCUCAUCGCUCGUGGGGACCACUUUUUUUGUAAUAAAAAAAGAGAGAAAAAAAUUUACAAAAAAUAAGAAAUAAAAAACAAUCAGCAGAGAUGCACAUGUAAGUAGUUGUAAAAAGACUUGAUAAUGUUUCAGCACUUUCUAAUCCUAGGAUGGGCUCGGUCUAACCCCUCUGUCUCAGACUGAAACCUGUCCUGGGGGGGUAACAUUCAUUCAAAACAGAGAAUGACUUUGUUGUUGUUGUUGUCGUUGUUGUUGUUGUUGUUUUUAAAUAAAAAAGGUGACUAUUGAAAGACAGAUGGCUCAAGUUCUUUGCACAUCGCCGUAACCUUUGUUUGUGCUCCGUCUCACUUGGCGCCCGGUGCGUUUUUCUUUUUCUUUUUUUAAAUUUUUUUUUUUUUUGGGGGGGGGGGGGGUCCAACGGGCCGAGGUGUCAGGUGAUUUCUUGUUUCAUUUGCUGAGUUUAAAGAUUGUUCCCACCUCGUACCAACCAGGUUGGGCCAUUUCUCAGUUUGAGCUCUAAUUUGGCAGAUCUGUUUGACAGCUUGGUUUGGAUGUGUGGUGUGAAAAAACAGUUGCUUUGUUUGCAUAAUCUUUGGUGCAGGAGCUUUUUUUUUCCUUGUCUCCUUGUAGCACUCAUUUUAUUGUCAGGGGACGUAAAACUAUGUCAAGAAUGUGUCAUUGUUGAUUCUUAUGACAGGCUUCCUCACUGGAGGAGCACCACUUAUAAUAUCUUUUUUUUUUUGGCUUUUUCUUGCACAACUUGACAAAUAAAAUGAAUGUUGGUGUGUGAGCUGUUUGAUCAG